AUGGAUGACAAAAUAUGUCUGAUUUGCGGCGACGGAGCCAUUGGCAAAAACUUCGGGUCCGUGUCGUGUGAGUCAUGUAAGGCAUUCUUUCGAAGAAACGCCGCAAAACGUGAGGAAUACGUCUGUCUUUAUAUCAAAAAAUGUAAAAUUGGUUUAAAUACACGAAAAUUUUGCCGAACCUGUCGUUUGGAAAAGUGUUUCGAUGUGGGAAUGAAAGAGGAUUGGAUACUAAAUGACGAGCAAAGAGAGGAAAGGCGUCUCAAAAUAGAAGCCAAACGACUGAAGAGGAAUAAAAAUGCCGACAAAUGCGAAGACAAACUCGAGACCAAACAUAUGUCUAAUGAAUCCGCCGAUGAAAACAAUAAUCUGAAGAUUGAUGUCUUGAAUACCGAAAUCAAUGACUGGACAACUGGUCCGCAGAGUAUGGAUCACGAAGUCUUAGCGACCGAUACGAGUAACUCAAUUGAUAGCUUAGGCUCAGGGUAUGAAUCGGCACUCAUUCCAGUGGUCAGACCCGUACUUGUGAUCAACAAUAACUUCAACGCUUCGGAACACCAAUUCUUCAGCGAACUAUUGUCGGCCAUCAGUCAACUGCAUCUGAAUGUGGAUCCCGUGGCCAUCCAUGAGCUCAAGACUUUUGAAGAGUACAGACAUUCAAUGUUGCCGAAGAUGGAGAGCGACUUCAAAGUGAUGGUAAACGUGUGCAAGAGUUUGCACACAUUCCGGUCCGUCUGCGACAGCGACCGAAUGGCACUCUUCAAGCCGGGAACCCGUGAGGCGCUAAUGUUGCACGCGUUCGGCCAUUUCUAUGAUCAUGGUAACCAAUGUUGGAAUAUAAACAUGGACGAUGGCACAGUAUAUGUGCUUAAACUGGAUGUAUUGAAACAAAUGCCAGGCAACACUUAUUCGGUGGCCAAACGCUUAUUGUAUAAUAUUGCACACAUCAUGGACUCCGAUCAUUAUAUCAUUCAAUUGGUAUUAAUACCGAUCCUACUCUUCAAUCCCGAGCGACCAAACCUCACGCAUAAAGACUUAGUA